UAAGUUCACAAAAGUCAAAACAAGUUAGAAAAAUUGGAAGCAAAAAUAUGAAUCUGUUUUCUUCAUUUAUGCCGAUAAAAGUAAUAUAAAAAAUAGCAAGCAAGUCUCAAUAUAAUCAGUGCGUCUUUUAGUGAUAUUAGGAACUAAUGACUUCUCACAACACAAGUAACAUUUAAAUCGCAAGUAAAGACAGGUAGCGAUGGGGAAGCGGACGAGCGAGGCGGUGGUGCCGUUGGACGAGGAGCGGGAAGUGCGAGUCAUAACGUUGGAGCACGGGGAACACCAUGAUGCCACGUUAUACAGAUUUGACAAAGGCACGUAUCUGCAAUUCGAGCCGGGCCCCAGUCUGCUAGGCAAGAAAGUCACUCUCUACACCAACUAUGUGCCAGCAGAUGGCGCAGAAGGCAAAGAACAGGAGUUCGUACGCACGCAAUACUACACGUUAGAGUGGCGUGCAUGCGAGCGCGGGCGUGCGGGCGCGGCGCUCGGCACGGUGGUGUUGGUGACGGACGACGACAUGUGCUGCGAGCUGCGCCUCUCCCGCGCCGGCUCCUUCCACUACUACUUCGUGUACGACGGCCCGGAGCGCGGUGGGCCGCAGGGUUCGGGAUGGUUCGGCGUAGCACCGGCUCUACCGAUGCCGCUGGACGGCGUGAUGUGUCAGACAGUGCUGACCAAGUGCCUGGGGCCGCUGCCGCGCUGGCGCAACACGCUGCGGGUUGCACACGAGGCGGGCUACAACAUGAUACACUUCACGCCCAUACAGGAGCUGGGCGAGUCCGGUUCGAGCUACAGUCUGGCUGAGCAGCUGCGUGUGGACCCGCGAUACGCCGACCCUGCCGCUGGCAGACCGCCCACGUAUGAGGACGUCGAGAAGGUUGUCAGCCAGAUGCGGAACGAAUGGAAGAUGCUGAGCAUCUGCGACGUGGUAUUAAACCACACGGCGAACGAGACGCCGUGGCUGGCGAAGCACCCCGAGGCCACGUACAACUGCGCCGGCUGCCCGCACCUGCGGCCCGCGGCGAUGCUGGACGCCUGCCUCGCGCGCGUCACCGCCGACACCGCGGCCGGCGCGCUGCCCGGAGUGCCGCGCCGCGUGACCACAUAUGAGCAAAUACAGGCGAUCCGUCAAAUACUGGAGUCGGAGCGCGUGCCGGCGCUGCGGCUGCACGAGAUGUUUACGUGCGACGUUGACGUCACGGUGCAGAAGUUCUACCAGCUGGUUAGCAAUAAACUACCUUCAGGGAACGCGGAGUCCGCGCCACUGCGGCUGAUCACGGACCCGCAGCGCCGUCGCCUCGCCGCGACUGUAGAUAUGGAUCUAGCGCUGCGCAAAUACAAUGUAUACAGGGCUGGCUGCCAUGACGAACAAUCCCGUGUGCAAGCUUGCUGCGCAGAGCUGCGUGCGGCGCUGCUGUCGCUCAAUGCCGCUGCCGCCGCCGAAGUCGAAGGCCAUUUGCGAGCUGCCAUUGACAACUGCGUCGCUGGCAUGAUGUAUUUCCGACUGCAAGAAGAUGGUCCAAAAGUGGAAGAAGUUAGCGAGACCCAUCCUUUAGUGCCCAGAUACUUCAUUUACCCGGGCGACAUGACCGCCUCGCCCGAGGAGGUUGAGGCCGUCGUGUACGGUGAGGUAGGGCGGGCGGUUGCUGCCCACAACGGCUGGGUGAUGGGCGCGGACCCGCUCGCCGACUUCGCCGCGCCUGACCAGGGCGGCCGAGUGUAUCUACGCCGUGAGCUGAUAGCUUGGGGCGACAGUGUUAAGCUGCGGUACGGAUCUAAGCCCGAAGACAGUCCAUUCCUGUGGGCGCACAUGCGCGAGUACGUGCGUCGCACCGCCGCCGUGUUCGAUGGCGUGCGCCUCGACAACUGUCACUCUACGCCGCUGCACGUAGCAGAGUACAUGCUGGAUAACGCGCGCGCCGUGCGACCCGAGCUGUACGUGGUUGCGGAGCUGUUCACGAACAGCGACCACGUCGACAACGUGUUCGUCAACCGCCUCGGCAUCACCGCGCUCAUUCGAGAGGCGCAAAGCGCAUGGGACGCCCACGAGCAGGGCCGGCUAGUGCACCGUUUCGGUGGGCGGCCGGUCGGCUCAUUCCUGCUGCCCUCCCGCCGUGCCGCAGUCCCUUCCGUCGCUCGCGCGCUCUUCAUGGACCUCACACAUGACAACCCCUCGCCAUUAUCUAAGCGUACAGUCUUCGAUAUAUUGCCGACUGCCGCGUUGACUGCUGUGGCUGCGUGCGCGACUGGCAGCACGCGUGGAUAUGAUGAGCUGGUGCCGCAUCAUAUACAUGUCGUCGAUGAGAAUCGUCUAUACGCGGAGUGGGACGAAAGCGGUGCGGGCGGGGAGGGGCGGGUGUGUGAGCAGGACGGAAUCAUGGCGGCGCGGCGCGCGCUCAACCGCCUGCACGUAGAGCUAGCUGCUACUGGCUAUAGUGAGGUAUAUGUUGACCAAAUGGAUCCCGACGUGGUAGCUGUGACCAGACACAAUCCAACUACGAGAAAGUCGGUGAUCCUAGUGGCAUAUACGGCUUUCAGUGCGCCUGACCCUGCGUACCCCGGCCGUGCGCUCAAGCCACUUACAUUUGAAGGGCAGUUGGAGGAGAUUAUUCUGGAAGCGGUGUUGCUGCAUAAAGACUACAAGAGCACAGGUUGCGCGCUGGUUCCGGCCAGUAUUGGCGAGCUGGGCACUCGCUACAUCGGCGGGCUAUCGGCCUACGAGACGCGCGUCUGCCGCGGCGUGCCGCUGCCGCAGUCGCGCGUGUUUGCGGCGGCGCGGGCGGGCGGCGCGCGAACUGAGCUGGACUGGCGCGCGGUGCUGCCCGGCACUGUCGUUGCUGUUCGCGUCGCGCCUAUGCCUGAACAGGCGGAAGCGAUUUCAACGAUCCGCGAGACCGUCGUCGCGCUCGACGCGGACCGCGACGCGCUGACUGCCGCGCUCGCGCCGCUGCGGCUAGACGAGUUUAGUACGCUGCUAUACAUGUGCGACGGCGAAGAGGGCGCGCGCGGCGGCGGCAUGUACGCCGUGCCCGCACACGGCCCGCUCGUGUACGCUGGCUUGCAGGGCGUCAUAUCUCUACUGGACACCGUCGCUCCCGCCGAUGACUUGGGCCACCCGCUGUGCGACAACCUGCGCGCUGGUGACUGGCUUAUCGAGUACACUUGGAAGCGCAUAGAAGAUGACGCGCGACUGUCGCCUGUGGCUGCGCGAUAUCGCGCUGCGCUGCUGCCGGUGACGCGGCUGCCGCGGUACCUGGUGCCCGCGUACUUCGAGCUGGUGGUGCGCGCGCUUUACGCCGCGGUGUCGCGUCGCGCCGUUGCGCUGCUGUCGCCCACCACCCGCGUGCGACAGGCGCUGGCGCUCACUAGCGUGCAGCUUGCGGGCGUGGUCCCGGGCGCGCCGCUGCCGCCGCCGUCGCCCGCGCUGCCGCCGCCGGCGUCCGCGCCGUCGCUGUCGGCGGGCCUGCCGCACUUUGCCACCGGCUACAUGCGCUGCUGGGGCCGCGACACCUUCAUAGCGCUGCGCGGCAUGUUCAUACUGACCGGCCGAUACGAGGACGCCAAGAACCACAUUCUCGGUUUCGGCGCGUGCCUCCGUCACGGGCUGAUCCCCAACCUGCUGGACGGCGGCCGCAACGCGCGGUUCAACUGUCGCGAUGCUGUCUGGUGGUGGCUGCUCAGUAUCAAACAGUACUGCACGGAGGUCCCAGAUGGAUACUCGAUCCUGUCGGCGCCCGUGUCGCGCAUCUUCCCCCGCGACGACAGCGAGCCGCAGCCGCCCGGCGCCGCCGACCAGCUGCUCCACGACGUCAUGCAGGAGGCGCUCGACGCGCACUUCCAGGGCCGCCUGUUCCGCGAGCGCCGCGCCGGCCCGCAGAUCGACGCGCACAUGACCGACCGCGGCUUCACCGUGCAGGUCGGCAUCGACCCCGACACCGGCUUCCCCUUCGGCGGCAACGACGCCAACUGCGGCACCUGGAUGGACAAGAUGGGCUCGUCCGAGCGCGCCGGCAACCGCGGCCGCCCCGCCACCCCGCGCGACGGCAGCGCGGUCGAGCUGGUCGCGCUCGCGCACGCCGCCGCCGCUUGGCUCGCCGCCGCGCACGCCGCCGGCCGCUACCCGCACGCCGGCCUCACCCGCCUGCACCCCGACGGUGCCGUCACCGCCUGGACCUUCGCGCAGUGGGCCGACCGCCUCCGCCGCGCCUUCGAGCGCCUGUUCUGGGUGCCCGCCGCGCCCGGCGCCGCCGACCUGCGCCCUGACCUCGUCCACCGCCGCGCCAUAUACAAGGACUCCCACGGCGCCUCCCAGCCCUGGGCUGACUACCAGCUGCGGUGCAACUUCGUCGUCGCGAUGGCCGUCUCCCCUGACUUGUUCGACCCGAAGCACGCGUGGCUCGCGCUCGACAACGUCGAGAAAUUGCUGCUCGGUCCCCUCGGCCUGAAGACUCUGGACCCGGCCGACUGGGCCUACCGCGGCGACUACGACAACUCGAACGACUCGACUGACGCCACCGUCGCGCACGGCUUCAACUAUCACCAGGGGCCGGAGUGGGUGUGGCCGCUGGGCUUCUACGUGCGGGCGCGCCUCGCCUUCGCGCCGGCCAACGGGCAGAGCGCCAAGGCAAUCGCGGCCGGGUACGCGACCCUCGCGGCGGCGGUGCGCGAGCUCCGGACGUCACCUUGGCGGGGCCUGCCCGAGCUGACGAACGCCAGCGGCGCGUACUGCCGGGACUCGUGCCGCACGCAGGCAUGGAGCUCGGCCACGGCGCUGGAGGCGCUCGUGGACCUGGCCGCGGCCCGGCGCGCGCGGUCGCUGGCGGACUGACCGUGCCGGCCCGCGCUGCGCCGCCUGCUGCAG